AUGGAUAAGCUUUUAACACAACUGGAUACUAUCGUCCUCAAGCCCGAGCUUGCGCCCUUCCUAUCAUUAAUCAAGGGCGCCCGUAAUGGCAUCGUGUACGGAUCGAAGGUGCGGUUUCCGCACGCGCUUGUAUUCCGGGAAAAGCUCAAGCUCGUUCUUAAAGCAACACGCCAACAUGCGCGAAAUCUUUCCACAUUUGCGGUCGUUUACAAACUCUCCAUGAUCGUUCUCCGAAACCUCAACCCCGCAGGCUCUGGGAAGGAGGGUCGAUAUGAUAGCUUCUUUGCGGGGUUAAUGGGUGGAUAUACUGUCUUCGGACGGAACCCGGGAAGUAUUAGCCAGCAGAUCGUUAUCUACGUCUUUGCCCGCGUGAUGCUCUCCCUCGCCAAACUUGCCGUCGAACCCAAUAUGCACCCUCUCUCCCCUCUCGUCACCCCUGAAGCUCGAGCCAAGAUUUACGAACACGCUUGGCCAGCGUUCGCCAGUUUCACCUGGGCGUUCGUUAUGUAUAUCUUCCGAUGGUACCCAGAUACCCUGGUGACCAGCUUGCGAAGUAGCAUGGUCUAUAUCUACGCGGACUCAGAUCAUUGGGACUCAUUCCGAACGUUGUUCAUACACAACAAAUGA